UACCCUGGUCAACGUGCAUAUUUCAUAUUUUCCUUUUUUAGGAUAGCGAAAUUCAUAGAUUUCUUUUGGGAGUUGACGGCAAAUUCAGAUCAGGCGCCAAAUUUUGAGCUAAAAAAUGCGGGCUUCCAACGCGUGGAUCCUGAGCUGCCUCUGCAUGAUAUUCAUAGCAGGUGGUGCGCUGGCCGAAGAUCCCCAGCUCGGUUCUGUUCGUGUUGUGUUCCAGACAAACUAUGGAGACAUCGAAUUUGGUUUCUUCCCGACCGUUGCACCCCAAACCGUUGAGCACAUUUUCAAACUUGUUCGAUUGGGAUGCUUUAAUACUAAUCACUUCUUUCGGGUUGAUAAGGGCUUUGUUGCCCAAGUGGCUGAUGUUGUGGGUGGAAGAUCAGCCCCUAUGAAUGAAGAACAAAGAAAAGAAGCAGAAAAGACCGUUGUUGGUGAAUUUAGUCAGGUCAAACAUGUAAAGGGUAUUCUUUCCAUGGGGAGGUUUGAGGAUCCCAACAGUGCAUCAUCGUCGUUUUCAAUACUUCUUGGAGAUGCCCCUCAUCUUGAUGGCCAGUAUGCGAUUUUUGGUCGACUUACUAAAGGUGAUGAGACAUUGAAAAAGCUUGAGCAAGUCCCUACUCGCCGUGAGGGUAUUUUUGUAAUGCCAACUGAACGCAUCACUAUCCUGUCAUCGUACUAUUAUGAUACCGAGUUGGAGAGAUGUGAAAAGGAGAGAUCAAUUUUGAAAAGAAGACUUUCUGCAUCGGCUGUUGAAAUUGAAAGACAGAGAAUGAAAUGCUUCCCAUGAUUCUGAUAGCAUGAGUCCGAUCAGCGACUAGAGAUGCUGUGAUUGCUGUAAAAUUUUUCACAUCUUUAUGUAUUUGUUUCAGAGAAGGUUUCAAAAGGAUCAGUUCUAACAGCAAAAAGCUCCGCGAUGUUUAUCCAAAAACAAGAACCAGUAUAUAGUUUGAAUUGCGUGACA